AUGGAUAAUGUUAAAACAAAUGAAGUCUCUAUGGAGAACUUGACGACACCCCAACAACAACAAAAUACUACUACUACUGCUACUACUAGUAGUAGUAGUAGUACUUGUACUAGUACUUCUUUGAAUGAGAAUUCAAUAACGAAACUAUCCAAAAAAGAAUUAAAACCAAAACAUAAUGAUAAACAACAAAAAGAUAAAAGCUCAACGAAAACAAUCUCUUCAAUAAACAAAUCCAAUAAAUCUCAUAAAGAGAUUGAUGAAGACAAAUUGAAACGAAAAAGACGAAACAAUCGAAUAUACAUAAACAAAUAA